AUGUCCGAAGGCUGGUGUCUGACGGAGUCCGAUCCGGCAGUCUUCAGCACCCUGUUGUCCGAGCUCGGCGUCUCGGGCUUGCAGGUCGAGGAGCUGUGGAGCCUGGACACCGCCAGUCUGGACCAGCUCGAACCGGUGCACGCUCUGAUCUUCCUGUUCAAGUACGUGGCCUCGAGCCAGCGCGAGCCGAGCGCGCAUGCCGGGGUGGCGCAGCCGGCGCCGCCGGGGACGUGGUUUGCCCACCAAGUGAUCACGAAUGCCUGCGCCACCCUGGCCAUCCUCAACGCCGUCAUGAACAUCCCCGCCGCCGGGUCCAGGAUCCAGCUCGGCGAGACGCUCGGCCCGCUCAAGGAGUUCUCAGUCGAUCUCGACGCCCAGAUGACCGGCGAGCUGCUGACGAACUCGGAGCGGAUCCGGGCAGUGCAUAAUUCGUUUGCGCGGCCGGACCCGUUCGAGCGCGACGAGCCGAAGCAGCCGAGCACGGAGGAUGCGUACCACUUCAUCACCUAUCUGCCGAUCCAGGGCCAGCUGUUCGAGCUGGACGGGCUCAAGGCACUGCCGGUGUGCCACGGCCCGGUGGCGGCAGACGCGAGCUGGACCGCCCUGGCCCGGGAGGUGAUCCAGGCGCGGAUCCACACGUAUUCGAGCAGCGAAGUGCACUUCAAUCUGAUGGCGGUGUGCGAGGACCGGCUGGCGGUGCUGGAGCAGCGGCUGGCCGGCGCGGCGGCGGACGGCGUCGGGCGCGAGACGGUGCGGAUGCUGGUGGAGGCGGAGCAGGCCAAGCGGGCCCGCUGGGCCGAAGAAGUGGCCAUCAAGCGCCACAAUCAUGUCGGCCUGGUGCAUGCGCUGAUGGUCGGCUUGGCCAGGCACGGCUCGCUCGCCGGGCAGGUGGCCAAGGCCAAGCUGGCCGCCGAGCGGCAGCUGCUCGCCGACACCGAUGGCCCGCUCGACCUCUCGCUGCCGGAGGAGGACGACUACGAGGGCGGCAUAGACGGCCUCGAGCGCCGCUGGCUCGACUCGUGCGCCCCUGCCACCCGGAACGGCUAUCUCCGCGCAAAAAUGUACCAAACCCACCACCGCCCCAACUCGCUCCCCACAGACAUCACCCUCUCCCAGUUCCUCUCGAUCCAGGAGAAGGGCGUCUCCGCCUGGGCCUUCGAGCCCGACUACGACUCCAACCCCUCCCUGCCCAUCCUCGUCCAGUCCCGCACCGAGAUCGUCUUCCUGGCCGACGGCGCAGGCAUGGCCGAGGAGGAGGGCGGCGGGGUGUGUGUGCAGUCCAACCUGCCCCUGCCCAAGCUCAACGAGGUCUACUACUUCGAAUGCAAGAUCUACGACAAGCCCGACGGCUCGGACAUCGCCAUCGGGCUCGCCACCAAGCCCUACCCGAGCUUCCGUCUGCCUGGCUGGAACCGGCUGUCGAUCGGAUACUUCUCGGCCGACGGCUUCAAGUCGCACAACUACCCCUUCACAGCCACCUCCUACGGCCCGCCGCUGAAGGAAGGCGACGUCCUGGGCGUCGGCUACCGGCCCCGGACGGGCACCGUGUUCUUCACCCGCAACGGCAAGAAGCUGGAGGACGCCUACCCCACGCCCCGCCCGCUCGACAUCUCCCUCGAACACCUCUCCAACCAGGCCUCCGUCCGCGCCCACCCCCACCGCGCCCGCGACGCCUCUCCCUCCUCCUCCGACGACGACGAGGACCAGCACCACAUGCCGCCGGCGUCGCCGAGGUCAUGCUCUCCGAACAGUUCCAGGGCUCCACUAGCCAUCCCCCCUUCGCCGCCCCCCCUCGGACGCGCGACCGCACCUGAGCCCCCCCGGCCCCCCGCUCUCGAACACUAUAUAUCAUUAUUGCCUCGUCCUCGCCACCGUCCCUCGCCACCGUCCUUCGCCGCCCGCAGGCCUGCUAGUCUUCGCAGCUCGGCCGCGGCGCAACGGACGCAGGGCCCGCCGGUUGUACAUUUAUGUAUCCCCCCCCUUCCCGGGCCUCCGCCCUGCCCCGCCACAUACACGCUUCUCCCGGGCCGCUCUCUCCGCCUUCUCCCCGCCAAAAAACUUGUACUUCUGAUCCCCCACUCGCGCCCGCUGCUCCGCCUUCUGGCCGUCUAA